CGGCUCGGCAGUCACCUGGAAACAGUUGGGUUCGGGUUGUGGCAACUUCCGGGGGGGGGGGGGGGGGGGUGAGAGAAAAGAAAGAAGGUGAAAGCCCCGCGCUGGUCACGUGAACGUGACGCGGAGCCUGAUUGGCUCCUUCGCAGAGUCAGUUUAAAGAGACACCCAUCCAGCCGUGCUCUGAUUGGUCAGCUGCGUUGUGGCGCCAAUAUUCCAAUAAAUUGAGAAGCAGAGCACACGAAGCUCAGUCAGUGAGCCGCCAUCAAGCAGAGAAGAAGAAGCAGCUCCAGAGUCAGUGAGCCGCCAUCGAGAAGAAGAAGAAGAAGAAGAAGAAGAAGAAGAAGAAGAAGCAGCAGCAGCAGCUCCACAGUCUCCUCUUCGUCACCUCCUCCUCUUCGUCACCUCCUCCUCUUCACGAUGCUUCGCUCGCCUCUUUCCGUCAGAGAAGAGAAGUCCCUGUGCAGUCAGACCGACAACAUGGCGCUGGACAAAGAAAACACGCCUCCCGCUGUGAGCAGCUCCCGCAUCCUGGCGUCGAAAACCGCGCGGAAAAUCUUCUCUGACGCUGCGCCCAAAGCCGUGAAGAAGAGCAGCGGCGAGGAGGCGGAGCCUCUGCUGAAGGACAACGCCAGCCGCUUCGUCAUCUUCCCCAUCCAGUACCACGACAUCUGGCAGAUGUACAAGAAGGCCGAGGCGUCCUUCUGGACCGCAGAGGAGGUGGACCUGUCCAAGGACCUGCAGCACUGGGAGUCUCUGAAGGACGAGGAGCGCUACUUCAUCUCUCACGUGUUGGCGUUCUUCGCCGCCAGCGACGGCAUCGUCAACGAGAACCUGGUGGAGCGCUUCAUGCAGGAGGUGCAGGUGACGGAGGCCCGCUGCUUCUAUGGUUUCCAGAUCGCCAUGGAGAACAUCCACUCGGAGAUGUACAGCCUCCUCAUCGACACGUACAUCAGGGAGCCCAAAGAGAGAGAAUACCUGUUCAACGCCAUCGAGACUCUGCCGUGUGUGAAGAAGAAGGCUGACUGGGCGCUCAACUGGAUCGGCAACGGCAACGCCUCCUACGGAGAGCGAGUGGUGGCCUUCGCCGCCGUGGAGGGAAUCUUCUUCUCCGGGUCUUUCGCUGCCAUCUUCUGGCUGAAGAAGAGAGGCCUGAUGCCCGGCCUGACCUUCUCCAACGAGCUCAUCAGCAGAGACGAGGGUCUGCACUGUGACUUCGCCUGUCUGAUGUUCAAACACCUGCUCAACAAGCCGUCUAAAGAAACCGUCACCGACAUCAUCAAGAACGCCGUGGUCAUCGAGCAGGAGUUUCUGACGGAGUCUCUGCCCGUGAAGCUGAUCGGGAUGAACUGUGACCUCAUGAAGCAGUACAUCGAGUUCGUGGCCGACCGCCUGAUGCUGGAGCUCGGCUUCAACAAGAUCUACCGGGUGGAGAACCCCUUCGACUUCAUGGAGAACAUCUCUCUGGAGGGAAAGACCAACUUCUUUGAGAAGCGCGUGGGCGAGUACCAGAGGAUGGGCGUCAUGUCCGGCCCCUCGGACAACACCUUCAGGCUGGACGCAGACUUCUGAGGACGGGGGGGCCCGGUCACAUGUUCCCGCUCCGCAGCAGGACAUGGGUUCUUCACUAAUUCAACUGAAUCCGCUGCCUUUACCUCAGCCCUCUCACUCUCAGCAGGAUACAGGCGUGUGUACAUAUAUGUGGGUUUUACUUUGUACAGGACAUUUUAUUAAUUGACGGCAGUUUCUGUAAAUAAAGUCUUGUUUUAUCUCCAUUUUUAAAAAGCAGAUUUGAGCUCAUUUUUUAUAUGAUCUUUGUCUUGAGCUGUCAAAUGUACAGUUGUAGUUUUUAAUGUAUGGACUUGAUUCUUUUUGUAAUAAAAAUUGUAUCAACAAA